UUUCAUUCCCACCAUGAGGGCAGCGGGGAGUUUUGAUUGCUUCUCUAAAGCUUUCGUUGUCUGUUUUCUGUGGCUAAUGAAGCCCACGGUGGGCUCAUCUCGGCUGUCUGCUCCAGGGGCGGUGACUGGAGCGUACGGCGGAUCCGUGACGGUCUCCUGUCGCUACAGCCCCAGGUUCAAAGACAACACAAAGUACUGGUGCAGAGGGCCCGUGUAUGAGCUGUGUACCAUCGUGACAAAAACCUCCUGGGGCCAGCCUAAUGACAGAACCUCCAUCGUAGAUGAUAAGGAAUCAGAGGUCUUCACUGUCACCGUGACUUCACUUCAAGAGAGCGAUAAGGAUAUGUACUGGUGCGUUAUCUCAAGACCUGGGAGAAAUGUCUACGCCGGUGUCAGACUCCACCUCUCGCAUGCAGCAACCACAGUCACCACCACACACAUUAAUUCAUUACCGACACUGGAACAAGAUCAAAUAGGAUGGUGGAUGAUUCUACGAUGGAUUGUUUUUAUUUCAAUGUUGUGCUGCUUGGCUCUGGCACACAUUGCGGAGAGGAGGAUAAAGGCUGCGAGGGAAAUGCAGCUGCAACAACAGUUGGACCGUAAAAGCUUGAACAAUUAUGAAAUCAUGUCCAGUGACGCCACGGUGACCGAUUUAUGAACAUUUUCCACUCUUCGGACUAUUUCUUUCAGUGGACAUUCAUUAGAGCUGCAAGCUGAGCUGAGAAUAAACCAAGUGAAAAGUGGUGGAUUGCCACUUUUUUCUAAUAAAAAUUUAAAUGAUUAAAAACUAAUUUCAGUGUCAGGACUAAAGAUAACUUCUGAAUGGCCGAAACGUUUUAAGAAAGUGCCACCCUUGGAGAAUUCAGGCUGUUUCAUUUAAUUUAUUUGCAGAUCUUGUGUGGAAUACCAUGCUGGUUGAUUCCUUUUGCAAUUAACCUUCACUUUUUAUCUUUUCUCCACAUAAUCUUUCAUUGUUGGACUCAAAAGAUGAGCAAGUAAAAACACAACAAAACUGUCUCUUGCUUGAAUGCGGGGUUUAACUGUUUUGAUGGUUGGAUGAUGUUUCUGCGCCCCUCACAGAGCUGAAGACUCACAUUAAACUCACACAUCUGUAUCUCUCGGGAUACCUGCAGCUGAGAUGAAGUAUUAUGUAAACUGGCAAUUUCAAGUCACAAUCAAAAGUGAAUUACACUCUGAUUCCUGAGAAAAUGUUAUAUUUUAAAUUCUCGGCGAGAGGCGGGGAUGAUUAGUGAUCCUUGUCAAAUAGAUUUAAUUACCCUGGUGGUUGUAGCUCCAAGAAGUGGCGCAGUCACAGAUAUUUUGCUGUCAGACAUUGAAAGAAUAUGAAUCUUGCAGUCGUGGCAAAAAAAAAAAAAAAAAAAAA